CUUAUUAAAUUUGGUUUCGUUGAUAAAAUACAUAUAAAUUAUGUAAAAGUUUAAAACCAUGAACAAACUACAACAUUCAUAAUCAUAAUCAGCAAGUCCACUUUAGAGUCAUGACUAGUUCUUGUUCUUUGUCUCGACCACAACACUUGUUCUUUUUCUUCUUCUUGUUCGUCCCAUUUCUUAGCUUAGGACAACAAAUCUCCGUCGACAUAAACAGUGCUAUAUGGGAAUUUCCCUCGAAUCCAUUAUGUUUAUCCCAACAAAGCAACUUUGCCAAAUCAUCCCAAUUCUCCAAAAACCUAGACAGUCUUGUCUCUUCGAUCCCUUCUCUCAAGUCCAACACUUACAACUUCUACAGUCUCUCUGUCGGAAGUAUCUCGGAUCAAGAACGAGUCGAGGCCAUCGGGAUCUGCAACAGAGUAGUCAAUCGAGUAGAUUGCCUUAACUGUAUUGCUCAAGCCGCAGUGAAUCUAACCACAAUGUACUGCCCACAACAUAGGGGAGCUUACGUGCGAGCCACGAAAUGUAUGUUUCGUUACUCAGACAAACCCAUUUUCGGGAAACUCGAAACGAGUCCUGUUCUGGAAGCACCAAAUCCGAGCAAUGCUACGGGAGAUAGAAACGAGUUUAUUCGGUUGCAGAGCGAGUUACUUAACCGACUCAGAUCCAUGGCUGCAUCAGGUGGCUCUAAGAGGAAGUAUGCUCAAGGAACUGAUCCUGGCUCUCCACCUUACACCACAUUCUUUGGUGCCGUGCAGUGCACGCCGGAUUUAUCUGAGAAAGACUGCAACGACUGUCUCUCUUAUGGUUUCAGUAACGCGACCAAAGGAAGAGUUGGUAUCAGGUGGUUUUGUCCAAGCUGUAAUUUUCAGAUAGAGAGUGACUUGAGAUUCUUCCUUCUCGACUCCGAGUAUGAGCCUGAUCCAAAACCAGGAAAUGACAAAGUAAAAAUCAUUAUUGCCACCGUUUGCUCUGUUAUUGGUUUUGCUAUAAUCGCAGUCUUUCUUUACUUCUUUAUGACAAGGAACAGAAGAACGGCAAAACAGAGACAUGAAGGCAAAGAUCUUGAAGAGCUUAUGAUUAAAGAUGCACAAUUAUUGCAACUUGACUUUGAUACCAUAAGAUUAGCAACUAAUGACUUCUCUCGUGACAAUCAACUUGGAGAAGGUGGCUUCGGUGCAGUUUAUAAGGGUGUUCUUGAUUAUGGGGAAGAGAUAGCUGUGAAAAGAUUGUCAAUGAAAUCAGGACAAGGAGACAAUGAGUUCAUAAACGAAGUCUCAUUGGUUGCAAAACUCCAACAUCGUAACCUUGUUAGGCUCUUAGGUUUCUGCUUACAAGGAGAAGAACGAAUUCUCAUCUAUGAGUUCUUCAAGAACACAAGCCUAGACCAUUACAUAUUUGAUUCUAAUAGGAGAAUGAUCUUAGAUUGGGAAACACGUUAUAGGAUUAUCUCAGGUGUUGCUAGAGGUCUUCUCUAUCUCCAUGAAGAUUCUCGUUUCAAGAUUGUUCAUAGAGAUAUGAAAGCCAGCAAUGUUCUAUUGGACGAUGCAAUGAAUCCGAAAAUCGCGGAUUUUGGAAUGGCAAAGUUGUUUGAUACUGACCAAACAAGUCAGACCAGGUUUACAAGCAAAGUUGCAGGAACCUACGGUUACAUGGCUCCAGAGUAUGCAAUGAGUGGCGAAUUCUCGGUAAAAACCGAUGUAUUUAGCUUCGGUGUACUAGUCCUUGAGAUUAUUAAAGGUAAGAAAAACAAUUGGUCUCCAGAAGAAGACAGCUCAUUAUUCCUCCUUAGCUAUGUAUGGAAGAGCUGGAGAGAAGGGGAAGUGUUAAACAUUGUGGAUCCAAGUUUGGUUGAAACAAUAGGUGUCAGUGAUGAAAUCAUGAAAUGCAUUCACAUUGGUUUGUUGUGUGUUCAGGAGAAUGCAGAGAGUAGACCAACAAUGGCUUCUGUUGUUGUAAUGCUCAAUGCAAAUUCUUUCACUUUACCGAGACCCUCGCAACCCGCAUUUUACUCGGGAGAUGGAGAAUCAUUGUCAAGAGACAAAAAUCAGAUAAAUCAUAUUGCAUCUUUGAAUGAUGUUACAAUUACCGAGUUCGAUGCUCGUUAAAUUUGUGUGUAAAAGACAAAAAUGAAGAUUUCUGUUUGCUUUAAAGUUACACUUCAAAAUGUCAAAUGACGUUUGAACUUAAAAUUCUUUGUCCUAAUGAAACCAUAAUCUCUAAUUAUUGGGCUUGAACAUAUAUGGGCUUUGUUAACAAUGUAGGCCCAUUAGUGUUUUUUUCCUCGUGUAGGCCCAUU